GAGCGCAGCGUGCUCAACUCCAGCAGCGCCUGGGCCGUGGAGUUCUACGCCUCCUGGUGCGGGGACUGCGUCCACUUCGCCCCCACGUGGCGGGCGCUGGCCGCAGACAUCCUGGAAUGGAGACCAGCGGUGAUACUUGGUGCCAUCAACUGUGCCGAUGAAUCCAAUGAGAAAGUGUGUAGGGACUUUAGAAUAACUGGGUACCCAACUUUAAAGUUUUUUGAGGCCUUUUCCAGAAGCCCAGAGGAUGGAAAGAGGAUCUCUCAUGUUGAUUCCAGCCUUCAGGCCUUGAGACAGGGCAUAAUCACCCACCUGGAGAAGUACCAGGAUGUUUAUCCCCCAUUGGAGCCAGCCAGCACAGAGGAGGUUCAUGGGUUCUUUCAGAAAAACAAAGUUGCGUACCUGGCCCUUAUCUUUGAGAAGAACGACUCCUUUCUGGGCAGAGAGGUGACCCUGGACAUGCAGCAGUACAUGAACAUUGCUGUCAGGAGAGUGUUGAGCAAUGAGGAGGAGCUGGUGAAGGAGUACAACGUGGCCACCUUCCCUUCUGCCUACUUGCUUGUCAGCAACGGCUCCUUCUCUCGCAUCUCUGCGCAAGAGGAGGCACGAUCCUCCUAUACCUCCUUUCUCAGGGGCCUGUCUGGUAUUAAUGACAAGACUCUAAUAUUAAAAGCCCAGAAUGUAACAACACCUCCUCCUUCAAGGGUGCCAGAUGCAGAGCACCCAACAGAAACAACCCAUUGGAAUCAUGCUGACAGCUCCAAGCUCUACAUGGCUGACCUGGAAUCUGCACUGCACCACUCCCUGAGGGUAGAGACAGCCAAGUUCUCCAUCCUGGAGGGAGAGCAGGUGGAGGCCCUGAAGUGCUAUGUGUCAGUGUUGACCAAGUACUUUCCUGGACGUCCCUUUGUCAAGAAUUUCUUGCAUUCUUUGGACAACUGGCUGAAGGAGGUGAAGGAACCAAACAUUUCCCACAGAGCCUUGGAGAAAGCCUUGAAGAAUAAAAAAGAUCCUCCAAAUCCAGCAGUGCUGACAAACAGUGUGACGUGGGUGGGUUGCCAGGGCAGUGAACCUCGCUACCGAGGAUAUUCCUGCUCCAUCUGGACACUCUUCCACCUGCUGACAGUGCAGGCAUCACGGUACAGUGCGCGGAAUGCAGGUCCAUUAGAGGUCCUUGGUGCUAUGCGAGGCUAUGUCCGUUACUUUUUUGGCUGCGAGACCUGCUCAGAGCACUUUGAACAAAUGGCAGCAGAAUCCAUGGACCAAGUGAAGAGCCUGGAUGAGGCCAUCCUCUGGCUUUGGUCAAGGCACAAUCGGGUCAACGCGAGGCUGGCAGGUGACCUGACGGAGGACCCCAAAUUCCCCAAGAUGCAGUGGCCUCCCCCAGACAUGUGCCCCUCCUGCCACAAAGAGAUCAAUGGACAACAUGCAUGGGAUGAGGUAGCCGUCCUGCACUUCCUCAAGGGCCACUACUCACCAGUCAACAUCUACUUUGCGUACACAAAACCUGAGAAAUUUCUGUUGGCCAGGGACAGCCGGGAUGCGGAGGAGACAACUGGAGUCAAGGGCAAGGGCAAUGGGAUAGUGGGGAUGGAGGAUAAAGGGAGAAGAGAGGAGGAGGAAGGAGGAGAACAAAGGAGGACAGAGCAGGUGGACCCAGUUGUGGGAAGAAAGAUGGUCGCUCAGAAAUGGCAAGCCCUAAAAGCUGCAGCCUUGGCAGCCAAGAAGAAGCAGCAUCUAAGCAAGAGGGACACCACACCAUUACUGAUGACAGAUGAUAACAGUCGCCGGGCUGUUGACUAUGCAGCUGCCCAGGAGCACCUGAGAAGGCGAGGGCUUAAGUCCAAGGAGAUCAUUGGUGUCCUGGAGGAGGAAGGAGAUGAUGGUGUGAGGAAAAGCCGGUGGUUCCAUGUGCUGGGACUGGGUUACUCCCACCUGGACAUCAGCCUGUACUUCCUCUCCUCCAUGUGCCUGCUGGGCAUGUACACCUUCUACAUACGGCUGGGGUCCAGCAAGGGCCGCCCUAGGUUCCCCAUGGCAUGAGGCUUGCAGUGGGUGACCAGCUAUUUCCAGUCAGGGUUGAUUAAAAAUUAUCCUUUGUUUUUUUCCUUAAAAUCCAAGUUUUUUAACAUUUUAAAUUAAUUUUUAUUUAACUUACAGAUACAUUAUUUUUUAAAAUCCUGUUUAAAAUUAAAUCUGAAUUUAGUACAAAACAUGUUAAGAUCUAAAUCUGAAUGCCUUGAGAGCCAAUGAUAAAUAAAAAGUAAAUAUGCUGAAUCCAUGAGUUUCUAUAAAAAUCUUUGAGAUACAGUGGGCUGUGUGCUUUUUAUUAGAAAAAUCAGGGUGAAACACAUUUAGCUUUUGAACUUGAGCUUUGUAUAUUGGCACAAUAGAUCUUGUACUGCAUUAAGAGUUUGACUUUUUGUGGAACUCGAGAACAAUCUCUCUUUUGCCAUUUUCUAAUAUACUAACAAUAUAAAAUGUUAAGCUA